GGAGCUUUCUCGUCCCUUCUUUGAUUGACGGAUAUUGUGACAAAUCAUUUGUUGUACAUGUUAGGGUUUCACGCAGCUAUGUUUUCUAUGCCUGUAAUGUGAAGAUAGUUGUUACUGUUGGUGUUGGAGUGAGAAGUAGUACAUUAUUUGGGCUCGAUUAAGGUAAUCAUGUCGGCUCAAGGGGACUGUGAGUUUUUGGUUAAAAAAGCUAGAGAACUGGUUAACCAGGACCCUUGGGCAGCGAAAGCAUGGCUUAUUACAGCUAGAACCCUUUAUCCAACUGAUUUCAACAUACAGUAUGAAAUGUACACAAUCGAAAGGAAUGCUGAAAGAACUGCAUCAGCAGGUCGACUUCUGUAUGACAUGUUUCUCAAUUUCCCAGACCAGCCUGUGGUAUGGCAUGAAAUUAGUGUCAUCACCUCUGCUUUAAGGACAGACUGUCAAGAUAAGCAGACACAGUUUUUGCGAGGCUUGUUUGAAACCCUUCCUGGAAGAAUACAAUGCGAAAUGUUGUUAAAGGCAACUGAGCAGUGCUUUAAUACACUGGAAAAAGCUGAGAUGCUUCUCCUGCUUCUGAGGCGCUUUCCUGAAACCGUAGUGAAGCAUGGGGUCAAACUUGGAGAGUCUCUGCUGGAUGCGGAAAAUAUGGACAACCAGGAAUCACCUGUUAACUGUUUUAGAAAAUUAUUUGUUUGUGAUGUCCUUCCUCUGAUUGUUAAUAACCAUGACGUGCGUCUCCAUUCCAAUCUUUUAUACAAGUAUCUGAACAAAGCAGCCGAAUUUUAUAUCUCCUAUGUGACAAAAUCACCUGCUGCUGAAGCACAGCAUCCAGGCACCCAGGAUGCAUCUGACCUCAAGUCCCCCUGCAAACGAAGCUCUCAAAAAUACAUUAUAGAUGGUCUAACAGAGAAGUCAUCCCAAAUUGUAGACCCUUGGGAGAGGCUUUUUGAGAUGUUAUCAAUUGUGGGAAUCAGAUGUGACUGGCAGCCUGAUAAAGGAGCAAGGAGCUUUGCUGACAUUUUGCAUAGAAUGAAAGAUCUCAGCCGUUACUUGAGCAGUUUUGACAAUGAGAAUCAUGUGAAGUACAAGAACCAAGUGGUGUACUCUACGAUGCUUGUGUUCUUCAAGAAUGCAGUUCAGUAUGUAAAUAGCAUCCAGCCUUCUCUUGUUCAUGGGUCUAGUACCUCAUCUCAGGCCUCACUAGUUUUGCUGGAAGACUUGUCCAAUGUUUUUGAUGAUGUAGACAUUGACCGCAACAAACACAUACAUAAGAAAAGGAAACUGGCAGAAAGCAGAGAAAAGACAAUGAGUUCAGAUGAUGAAGAAGUUUCUGGAAAGGGUCGAAAUCGUCAAGUGUUGGUGAACAAGGUGGAUCUUCCAAACUCCUCAGAGGUCCUGGAAAGUUUUAAACUGGCUAGAGAGAGUUGGGAGCUGUUGCACUCACAAGAAACAUUAGAAAAAGAAUUUUCAAGGAUUUGUGUAGCCUGGAAGACUGACACCUGGCUGUGGCUGAGACUCUUCCUUACAGAUAUGAUUAUUUACCAGGGCCAGUAUAAAAAGGCAAUCACAAGCCUGCAUCACUUAGCAGCUCUUCAAGGUUCUCAACAGCAGGUCUCAAGUCCAGGAUCGUUGGAACAGCAUAGAGCACUCAUCCAGAUGGCAUCUUGCCAUUUUGCAAUGGGGGAGUAUAGAUUAGCCUGUGAGAAGGUGUUGGAUGUCAUAUGCUACAUGGUUCCUCCUGCACAAGAGAGUACUAAAACACAAGAUGACAUGCCAAAGAUGAAGACCAAAUUCCGAAAAGGGUCUGAUCUUAAACUUUUACCUUGCACAAACAAAGCUGUGAUGCCCUACUGCCUUCAGCUAAUGCUGGCUUGCUUCAAGCUACGAGCUUUCACUGACAGCAGGGAUGAUCUUGCUUUGGGUCAUGUGAUCGUCCUACUGCAACACGAUUGGCCUAAAGGAGAGAAUUUAUUCCUAAAGGCAGUAGACAAGGUCUGCCAACAAGGAAAUUUCCAGUAUGAGAACUUCUUUAAUUAUGUGACAAACAUAGACAUGCUGGAGGAGAUGGCAUACUUGAGAACACAGGAUGGUGGGAAGAUUCAUCUUGAACUACUGCCAAAUCAGGGAAUGCUUAUAAAGACGUCUAGCCCUCCCUUGGGGUUACUGCAGCAGGAGUUCAUACCUGUUCUUCAGGCCAGCAUACAGACUGCGGACAGGCAUCAUACUGUGACUCGUGGAAUUACAAAGGGAGUGAAGGAGGAUUUUCGCCUGGCAAUGGAAAGACAGGUGUCUCGCUGUGGUGAAAAUCUGAUGGUGGUACUGCAAAGAUUCUGUUUGAAUGAAAAGAUCAUACUGCUUCAAGGCCUUGUGUGAUCAUGGUAUCGGCACCACUGGUCAUUGGAUUAUGAGAUUGUUUAUUACAGUGCUGUUGCAUUGAGGGACAGUGGUAUUUGCUACGCUAAACCAGUACCAGAUAUUUGUUUUUCAAACACAAGAGCAGUCUUCUAUGUUUCUGAGGCCCUCAAUUUUCCUCCAGUAGAGCUUCCAUCUUGUACAAUUACUGAGAAAUAUGGUCUUGUAACACAUUGUUGAAUUGUGUGUUAAAUCUGUGGAUGAAUAUCAUUUGUAAACACAGUGAAAUUUGUAAAACAUUUUGUAAAUAAAACAAAAAAGAAACUUA